AUGAUUCAUCAGAGCUUCAUCACUGUAGAUCCAUUGAGGCCAGAUAAUGAGAUCAUUGAGGGUGUAACAGAUGACUCCUGUCCUCGCACGCGGCGCAGCAAGCGAAAAGAGAAAAAAGGAGAGGAGAAAAGACCGCGCACGGCAUUCAGCGGCGACCAGCUGUCUCGCCUGAAGAGCGAGUUCUCGGCCAACCGAUACCUCACCGAGAAGCGACGCCAGGCGCUGGCCACAGAACUCAACCUCAACGAAGCGCAAAUCAAGAUCUGGUUCCAGAAUAAGCGCGCCAAAAUCAAGAAGGCAACGGGCUCCAAGAAUCCGCUCGCACUUCAGCUGAUGGCGCAGGGCCUCUACAAUCACAGCACUGUGCCACUCUCCAAGGAUGAGCAGCAGCAAUCUGGUGAUACCGAUUCUGAGAACGCAUAUCAAUGAGUGCUCCCUUGAUUAGAGACUGCCAAAGGCGAUCGAGACAAUGAGACUGAAUAAAUUAUUAUGAAUAAUUGUGAGGACUCUCCGACAUCGUAGCACUAAAAUAACUAUAUCCAUAAAUAUUCUCAAACGAAAUCUCGUUUGGGACCUGAGUUCAUAGACGUGAAACUGAGAACCUUAUCGAUAGGUUGUUUUCUUGUAUUUAAAUUAUAUUAAAAUUUUCUAUUUAUGUAAUGUUUGGGUGUUGCGAGUAUGUAUGUGAAACUUUGAACUCUUCCUGAAGUAAAUGUUGAUACAAUGCACGGGUGUGAUGCCUGAUUUUAAUAAACGUUUCUAAACAUUCAACUGUGAACUGGUUUUACAAGCGUCAAUGAAAGUCCUAUUCAACUAAACAACAAUCAUGAUCUUUUUCUACUAUUUCUAUGGAUCAUUUUCAUGGUAUUAAAAUUACCAGACCUAUUAAGGACUAUUUGAUUUUUAUAAAAUAGAUUAUUCGAUUUUCGUAGUUGGUUAUCCAUCUUGUUUUCACUGUUAUUAUUACUAUCGUAUUCUAUAAAACUUUAAAGUGAAAAAACACUCACAUGAUAUGGCAAAGUAUUAGAUUUUGAUAGGCGUUUGUAAAACCGGCUGCAUGAGCUGUUGGAUAGUGUUAAAAGUGACUCCUCUAUCUUUUAAAAACUAUUGUGUAUAUAGAAUUUUGAAUCGUAUGGUCCCAGAUCACACAUCAUACAGUAUAAAGAUUACUAGUUCACAAGUGAGAAAGUUGUGAAGAGAUACAUCAGCAAACUCCAGGUAUGAAGUGAUGAAAUAUAAUAUUAGGAAGCUGCGUAGAAUUUGACUAUCUGAACUCCAGUGUAUAUGUAUUCAUUGUUUGUUACAUACUGAUUACAACAGCCUGCAAGACAAAAUAAUGCAUUUAUUCAUGUUAUUCCAGUUAUUCAUGGCAAUAAUAAGUAACGUACCGCCAUUUUGAGCCUGUUGAACACAUUGUUGAUAAUAGCCUAUGGAACAAUGAAAUAAUAAGAUCAUAAAUUCUCGUUACUGUAUCAAGAAUGAAUUAUUGAGAGGGAAAUGCAGUUACAAUGUGUCUUUCGUAUUUGCAGAGACAUUAGGCUAUCACUCUCAAAGCAUUAGUCUCAUACAAAUAAUGUAUAAGUAUAGUGAGCUAAUGAUAUCUUAAGUGUUCACGGAAUUUACAGUAUUUGCAUUAUGGAAAUGUAUAGGAAAAGCGAAAUUUCCUUUCUUGUUCGAAUGCGAUCAAACUGUUCAGUCCUGUUAACAACAUUAACUUGUUGGUUAAGCUUUAGAGUUUGGAGAAAAGAAUAGGUUCAGAGAAAGUUUCUUAAAAAAAGAAAAGGUUUCUCAAUAUUCUCUCAAGGAUAUCAUGUUAGUAAGAAGGUGUUCAUUUGUGAUUUUUUACUAAAUAAGAUUAGUCAUUUAUAAACAUUUUCGUAAAACAGGAGAACAAAGUAUCUCAUCAUCGAUUGUUAUAACACUGUUCGAAAAAAGUAUUCUUUUUUCUUCUAGUCUAGAAUAAGACCUAAUUUAUCUAUUCCCAUUGACAAGUUAUGUCAAAGACAAAAGAAAAUUUAAAAAUCAAUAGAUAUUGAUUUAUCUUGUUUCUAUAUAGAACCAGCUGUUUUGUGGUUUUCUUUAGUGUAUCUUGACUAAAACUAGUUGAUUUUUAAGAAACAGUCUGAUUUUAAAAAGAUAUGUACAUGAUGUUCAUGAUUCAAUAACUUACUAUAAAAAAUAUUCUAGAGUUCUGAAAAGUUCCUAUUUAGAAGGAAAAACCCAUCUAUAAAAUAAUACUCUUAUAUCUAAUACUGUACUUAUAAAAUUUUUCAGUUUCUAGUUUUAAAGUGUAUUCAUUUCUUGGAUUAUAUCUAGUAAUCUCAUACAUAGAGUAACUCUACUCAAUCAUUGCCUAUUAGUAUACCUUAUACGCUGAAUUCCAAUAAGAGCAAAACUUUUAACAUCGAAAUUAUUAUUCCAUAAUUGUUCAACUAUUAAGUACAGAAUUGAUCAUUUCUUGUAAAUAUAAAGAUCAAGUGAUCAUAGAGAUAUGUAUGUACGAAAUAUUUUAUUUAUAAGAUUAUAAAUGUUUUGUAUGUAAUUGUAAUAUUUUAAGAUGAUAACUGUAAAUAAAUGUUUUGUCCACGAGA